UAUCCCUUUCUUGCACAAAAAUAUAAUUUUUUAUAUAAUCCCCCCCUUCUCAUCCUCCAUUCUUCAACUUCGCCAUCUCUCCAUACCCAACCCACCUGUUUUAGACGUGUGGGUCUUCGCUUUAAAUUUGGCAUUUGUUAUUUCUUGGUAGGAUGAUUUAGUUCAGCUUCUUAUACACUUUUGCUUAUAAAUUCAACACUAUCCACCAUCUUUUUAUUUGUAUUCCUACCCAAACUUUACAAACACCCAAAAAGAGAGAAAGGCAGCGAGCGAGUGGUUGAGAGACAUUGUAGAGAAUCAUGGAUAGUAUUGAAAUGGACAAGGAGAGAUUAACUGCGGAGAUGGCCUUUAAGGACUCUUCAUCCGCCGUCAUCAAAAUCCGUCAACGGUUGCCGGAUUUCCUCCAGUCUGUGAAGCUCAAGUACGUGAAAUUGGGUUAUGGGUACUCUUGUAAUCCCGCCACCAUACUCUUGUUCCUCAUCAUUGUACCGUUGUCCAUUGCAACACUGGUUCAAUUCACCGGUUUAAAUAUGGACCGGGUUUUUGAGUUGUGGAAUAGUCAAACCAUUCAACUUGACGACAUUGAUGCCGCCUCCAGACUUGCCGGCUCAACGGUCUUACUCUUUCUUCUGGGGCUUUACUGGGCCAAGCGGUCCAGACCUGUCUACCUCGUCGACUUCGCAUGUUACAAACCGGAGGACGAGCGAAAAAUGUCGGUCGAUUCGUUCCUGAAGAUGUCCGAAGAGAGCGGCGCGUUCGAAGAAGAAACUCUUCAAUUCCAAAGGCGUAUAGCGAGCCGGUCCGGUUUAGGAGACGAAACAUACUUAUCUAGAGGAAUAACAUCCAGUCCGCCAAAUCUGAACAUGAAGGAGGCGCGAGCCGAAGCUGAAGCCGUAAUGUUCGGCGCACUCGACGCGCUCUUUGAGAAAACCGGCGUGAAACCAAACGACGUCGGAAUUCUGAUAGUGAACUGCAGCUUGUUCAAUCCGACGCCGUCUUUGUCGUCCAUGAUAGUGAACCACUACAAGCUUCGAACCGACAUUAAAAGUUACAAUCUUGGCGGGAUGGGGUGUAGCGCAGGCCUGAUUUCGAUCGAUCUCGCUAAAGAUCUCCUUCGAGCAAACCCCAACACGUACGCAGUAGUGGUAAGCACUGAAAACAUUACUUUAAACUGGUAUUUUGGGAAUGACCGGUCUAUGUUGCUAUGUAAUUGCAUAUUUCGAAUGGGUGGAGCCGCGGUACUUUUGUCAAACAGGGCUCGAGACAGGGUUCGAUCCAAGUAUGAAUUGGUCCACACGGUUCGAACCCAUAAAGGAGCAGAUGAUAAAAAUUACCAAUGCGUGUACCAAAGAGAGGAUGAGAAAGGGACUGUCGGGGUUUCAUUGGCUCGUGAAUUAAUGGCGGUGGCCGGAGAUGCAUUGAAGACCAAUAUCACCACUUUGGGUCCGCUUGUUUUACCAUUAACAGAGCAGAUUAUGUUCUUUCUCACGCUGGUUCGAAGGAAGGUGUUUAAGGCUAAAGUGAAGCCUUAUAUACCUGAUUUCAAGCUUGCGUUUGAGCAUUUCUGUAUACACGCCGGUGGGAGAGCUGUUUUGGACGAGUUGGAGAAGAAUCUGCAACUCAGUGAGUGGCACAUGGAGCCAUCCAGAAUGACACUUCACCGAUUCGGGAACACGUCCAGUAGCUCGCUAUGGUACGAGCUGGCCUACACGGAAGCCAAGGGUCGGGUCUCGAGUGGGGACCGGGUAUGGCAGAUUGCUUUCGGGUCGGGUUUCAAGUGUAACAGCGCUGUUUGGAGAGCUCUGAGGACGAUUCCUGUUGGUGAGACACGUGGCAACCCCUGGGUUGACUCGAUUGAUGACUACCCGGUGAAGGUGCUUACGUCAUAAGAUUUGAACGAUUGUUUUAUAACGUAGGCCAUGGUCACGUGGACGAUGGUAUUUAAUUUCUUUUUUUUUGGUCCUUCCUACUGUUCUAUUUUAGACUAAAGUAGUACAAUAUGUAAUAAUUUCAAGAUAUAUAUAUAUAUGAAGCCGGGGGUCUGUUGUAAAAUUUUUACAGCAGACCCAGCCGUAAAUUACUUUAGGGAUAUUUUAAAUUUUAUUUUUUUAUAAAAAUUAUGGUUGUGUUUUGAUUGAAA